AUGUCGUCCCCCAGCAACGAAGCCCCCACUCCCACCCCCGCAGGCACUGUUGCCGUGCCAGACGCCCAAUACGUCCCGCGUCCCGGGGACGAGAACGGCGAGAUUCCCGCGAAGGAACUGGUCGACGAGAAGAAAGCCGAGACUGUUGAGCUUCCGCUUACGCGCGACGACAAGGAAGCAAUCGACACCUCGAACAUCAUCGGCGAGCGCACGCGCCAUGCUAGGCCCCUGAGCGGGACGUACGAGAUGCCGGGUGAUGAGGAGGGGUUGCCUGCUGCGGAGUUUGUGGAGGUGAACGGCUCUGGCGCUGUGGAUGGGAAUCGGGAUGAAGACGUGAGCGUGGAUGGGGAGGUGGAUAUGGUUGAGACAGGGGAAAUGAAUAAGGAGGUCGAUGGGGAAGUGGGGAAAGAUGAAAAUUCGAGGGAGGUGAGUGGGAAUCUAGACGAGGAGCUUGAUGGGGAGGUAGACGGGGAGACGGAUGUGGGUUUGGUGACUAUCAAGUGA